AUGCAAACCAUACCACUAGAGUUGUUCGAGAAAAUCUGGGAGACGGCAGACACCGGUGUACCUCGAAAUGUACCUUGGUGCUCAAGUUUCAGAGAAAUAUCGAUGAAAAUUCAAGAUGCUAAGGAAAAACAAGCCUUGGAAGAUGAUAUCGCGGAGAAAGAAGGAAAGACUAGAAUAGAGUUGGAUGAGGUGCCCACUUGGUUAUACGAGAGUUUACAUGAGACAGGCAAUCUCAAUAUUCAGAUGAUGGUUGAGGUCGGCUCGCUUGAUCCUCGGGCUCCAAACAUCAUAGAUGAUGCCAGUGAUGACGAUGAUGACAAUGAAGAUGGAGAUGAAUAUGGAGAUGGAGAUGGAGAUGGAGAUGGAGAUGGAGAUGAUGAAGACGGUGAAGAUGAUGAUAAUGAUGAUAAUGAUGACGACGAUGAUGAUGAUAAUGAUGAUAAUGAUGACGACGAUGAUGAUGAUAAUGAUGACGACGAUGAUGAUAAUGGCGAUGAUGGCGAAGAGGAGACAGACGUUGACGAGGAGCCAGAGGAGGAUGAGGGAAUAGAAGACGAGGAUAGUGACGAUUAUGUUGAGGAGGAAGAUUAA